UUUCUCUUUUUAAAAAUAAUUCGAAUCGCUUAAACACGUACAAUUGUUAAAUUAUUGUCCUACUUUUCGUGGAAGACAAAGUAAUAAAUUUCUAGCUGUAAUCGGGGUGAUUUUAUGUGACGAUGGCGGAGCGAACUGGAACGAUAACGGGAUAUUGUUAGCAUCGGAUUCGACUGUUCUAGUUACCUUUCUUUUUUGCUUAAUAAUAUUGACAUCGAAAAUGCGUUUACCAUACGCUUCAAAAACUAGCAAGGAGUUUACAUAAUCCAUAAAUGUUUUACGAACUUCACGCUCAUUGUCGGCCGAUAAGAUAAAGUGCAAAGGGGCAACGAUAUACUGCUUCGUUUGUCACGAAGUGAAAUUCUCAAAGUCUGCGAAAAGUGGGUCACAAACUCGCGCUGAAGUCAAACGGAAUUAAUACGAAUAGAGCAUUACGAAGCAAUUUCCACGACUCAACGACGGAAAGAGAAAUUCGCGAACGAUAAUUGUAAUUUUCGUUAAUGUCAAAAGCGUUCCAGUAAACCCGUUUACCGCGCGUAAUAAGGUGUAUCGCGAAUGUUGUACGGAUUACGCAGCACUUUCUACAUUUCAUUCGUACCUACUUUUCGAAACGCUUUUCCUUUUCUCUGUGUCGUACACGAGCUAGAAAUUUAUUAUUUCCCCUCGCGCGAAAGAGGAAAAGAAAGCGCGCGCGUCUCUCGGGGCGUUUGAAAAUGCCGCGCGAAGAUAACGCGUCACGUGAUCGUCAGCUGAUUCGGAUUAGCGAAAUCGAGGUGGUGUCGUACGUUUUCUAUCAAAAUUUUUCAAACAAAGUUCGAACCGGGACGCAAUAUACCAAUUAAAAAAAUAGAGAUUCCAAAAGAGAAAUUUUGUCGAUCGCUUUUAGUGUCGGAACAUGUGCGCGUGUUUAUCGAUAGUUCGUUGUAUCGAACACGUGUUGCAUCCAGACUGCUCGCAGCUGUAGCAGUUGCGUACAACGACGUAAACGAACGUUCAAAAAUGCGUAAUAACGUGGACGAACGCACGGGAAGCUGUUGACAGAAUUCAAAGAGGGAGAAUGAUUAUGGGAGAAUGGAAAUGACGAGGGAAAAGCCACGACGACGAAGCGUGAGCGAAAUGCUCGACUGGCGAUGCAUCGUCAGGAAUAAAGGAAAUGCAGCUGUAGACGAUGCCUGCACGGAUGUCCCUUUCCUCGAGGAUUACGACACAGAUCCGGAAAUGCGUCGACGGAAACGUUCCGGCACAUGGCCGCGAACAAGAAGUUUGAACGCACCUAGUCCAAUACAACAAUUCGGGCCAUGCGGACGCAUCAUGAAAAAUUCCGCGAUGGUCAUGACCAUACAGGACCCAGCCUCUCAGAGGUUAACGUGGUACAAGCCGCCUCUCACUGUUCUCGUCAUCAAGAAAGUCCGUGAUUCGUCGGUUUUGCCACCGUUCGUUCAAUUAGUCACAUGGCUAAUAGAAGAAAAACGGAUGGUAGUAUUUGUCGAAGCAUCCGUCCUAGAGGAUCCAGCUCUAGCUGGGAACUCCAGAUUCCAAGAAGUUCGAGAUAGGUUGCAGACCUUCAGGGACGGAACGGACGAUCUUCAGGAUCGUAUCGACUUCAUCGUUUGUCUAGGCGGAGAUGGAACUCUGUUGUACGCUAGUUUACUGUUCCAACAAUCGGUGCCGCCUGUCAUGGCGUUUCAUCUUGGUUCCUUAGGAUUCCUAACGCCCUUCGAGUUCGACAAUUUUCAGGAGCAAGUGACAACCGUACUGGAAGGUCACGCGGCCUUGACCCUGAGGAGUCGACUGAGAUGUAUCAUCAUGAGGAAAGGGGAGGAGAACAAAGACGCAAAACCGCCAACAAAUCUGCUGGUGCUGAACGAGGUCGUGGUCGAUCGAGGCCCGUCCCCGUACCUCUCGAAUAUCGACCUCUUCAUCGACGGGAAACACGUGACCAGUGUACAGGGUGAUGGCCUGAUCGUGAGCACGCCAACAGGGUCCACAGCGUACGCGGUCGCGGCUGGAGCUAGCAUGAUUCAUCCUUCGGUACCUGCCAUCAUGAUCACACCGAUCUGCCCUCACUCUUUGUCCUUCAGGCCGAUUGUCGUGCCCGCCGGCGUCGAACUGAAGAUCUCUGUUUCGCCGGACAGCAGGAACACCUCGUGGGUGUCCUUCGAUGGUAGAAACAGGCAGGAACUGUUCCACGGCGACAGCUUGAGGGUAACGACGUCGAAAUAUCCAGUACCCAGUAUUUGUGCAGCAGACCAAAUCACCGACUGGUUUGACUCCCUGGCCGAGUGUUUACACUGGAACGUUCGCAAGAAGCAAAAACACCUGGACGAAUUGAGCGAUUUGACGCAUUCGUCCAGCAACGAUACAUUAGACUCUUUGGACCGCGAUAGCUAGGCCAGGUGAACGAGUCACUAUGUCGAAACGAGCAAUUUCGGACCAAUUUCGAUUAAUGUUAAGGUCUGAUCGCAACAAUCAGUGACUCGUUUGAAUGCACGAUUACUGCCAAUUUUUGGACGCGAUAGAAACAAGAAUUCAACCUGUGUUCUGUUUGUACAGAUAGAAGAAAACGAACUGAUUAAAACGUAGUCGGUUCAAAAGACUAAAUAAUUAGCACAAAUCGUUCGAGUCACGUUAGUGGUUGUGUUAAAAUUCCGGGUGAAUUGUUGAAGCGAGAUCCUGGAUACAAUCGAGUACGUGUUCAGGAAUAAUUGAAGAAUUUUAAAUAGACUUCGACGAGAAAAUGAUCGAUUUUCUAUGAAGAUGUUCGUAGAAUUGUAUCAAGAGACACAGUGCAUCGAAACACGCAACGGAAGAGAUAAACGAAACUGUGUAGUGUUUUGUCUAACGCAUAAUGGUGCAGUAAUCUUUGUAUGUGUUUCAACGAUAUCUUUCCUUCUUUCGUUAUUCGACAAAAUAUUUCUGUUCACUAUUGAAAUUAAUACGUCGAUUACAACGAUUAGAAAUUAAAAAUUGGGUAUAAAUAUGAAAGGGAUAUUAAAAAUUUAAAGCGCUGAAAAAUUAUUGUAUUAAAUUCUUAGUCUAUGGACAAGAAUUAAAAUAUUUACCAGAUACAACAAAAAAUUGCAUUGAAAAUGCAAUUUCUAUGCCGUCGCGCGCGUCAUAUUUAUUUAUUACACAUUUGUGAUUCCUGAUGCAUUUCAAACCAUCAAGUUAAAAACUGUAUCCGCCGUGUGCAUAUAAAUCCUAUUCACCUUUUUCAAUUAAUUGUAAUGAACAAUGCACACGAGCGUGAAUCAACUACAUACAAAGAGUCUUAUUGUCAACAAUUUUGUUUCUUUCAAGCAAUGAAAACAAUUUAAUUCAUUUGUUCAUUCUGUUGUAAAUGUUGAUUGUACUUUCCUAUUGAUGAAUUUUGUAAUAAAAGUCAUUUUUGUACAGAAA